CUCACGUUACCAAACCUAUCAACGGCCUUCACACCGCCACGUCAUAUCUAGGUUGUUCCAAUCAACAGCCAACCCCCGCUCAAAAUAAAUCAAAAUAAAAAUGACAAAACACGUUCCUAGUUUUCUCCUCUUUUCCGAAGAAAUGCUCUUCCCUGGAUCUCCCGUUGAGGUAGAUCCAUGUCUGUUAUCUCGCCGAUAAAGAAAAACACCCCCUGAAAUUGUUUUAUUUUCUCGCGAUAAAAUGGACGAGACGUUCUUCGAUCUAAUGGAGUUCUUGAAGAAACCUACGAUUACCGAAACAUUCGUCGACAUUUUGCUAUGCGCAGUGCCGAUAUGGCUAGCCGUGAUGAUCGGGCUCGUGAUCGGCUGGGCCUGGCGUCCUAGGUGGACCAGCUUGGUUUUUCUUGGUCUCCGGUCUAAGUUCCGGUUCCUCUGGACCGCCCCUCCCGGGUUCGGAGCUCGCCGACUCUGGCUCGCCUUCACCGCCCUUUCCGCUUUCUCUGUUUGCCGCACGGUUUUUACGAACUUUAUUAAAGGGAGAUCCAAGAAAUCAACUGCUUCGGCUUCUAAUUCUGCCGUUCCGUUGCCACGGUCAUCGUCGCCUGCUGCGAGGAUUUCGCAGGAAGGAGCUGCUGAUGCUGUUAGCCUCAGCAGUAAAGAUGAAGAAGGAGAGCAGGAUAUUGUUACAGAGAAUGACUUAGCGCACCUCUUACAUUUAUUUGAAGGGAAGGAUAGGGAGAUGGAAUGGCAAAGUAUGAUGGAAAGGACUACCCCAAAUAUGUCUUACCAAGCAUGGCGCCUUGAACCUGAGAGUGGCCCUGCAGUUCUCCGUAGUAGAACUGUCUUUGAGGAUGCAACUCCAGAGGUGGUUAGGGAUUUCUUCUGGGAUGAUGAGUUUCGACCGAAGUGGGAUCCUAUGCUUGCAUAUGUCAAAAUUUUGAAGGAGUGCCCUCUUACAGGGACAACGGUUGUUCACUGGAUAAAAAAGUUCCCCUUUUUCUGCAGUGACCGAGAAUACAUAAUUGGUCGAAGAAUAUGGGAGGCUGGAAGGACUUACUAUUGUGUGACAAAGGGGGUGCCAUACCCUGGUUUGCAGAAGUGCGACAAGCCAAGGCGUGUGGAGCUUUACUUCUCGAGUUGGGUUAUCAGGGCUGUGGAGUCCCGAAAAGGAGAUGGACAGCAUUCUGCGUGUGAGGUUACUCUUGUCCAUUAUGAAGACAUGGGGAUCCCAAAAGAUGUGGCAAGAUUGGGUCUUCGUCAUGGUAUGUGGGGAGCUUUAAAGAAAUUGCACUCUGGCAUGAGGGCAUACCAGAAUGCAAGGAAAACAGACACUUCCCCGUCUAGAAGCGCACAGAUGGCUAGGAUUACCACAAAAAUUUCUUCUGAUGAGAUCAUGGAUUCUCUUUGUCCCAUUUUGGGGGAAGAUGAAAAAGAUCAAACUGUGGUUAUUAGGAGGCAGAAUGAUAGUGGGAUAGAUUGGAAGUGGAUCGUUGUGGGUGGAACUGUGGCACUAGCUUUUGGACUUCACUCGGGUGUAAUUGGGAAGGCAUUGUUACUUGGAGCAGGGCAGAGAAUUGCCCGACGAUCAGAUGAUGAUGUCAAAAAAAUGCCUAGUCCUUCUCAACCGACGAAAUGUGAUCGGGUAACAAAUGGCCAGCAAAGGACUUCACAAGCUUAUCAUUCUAAAGCUUCCAAGCUGCAGUUUGUGAUUCAAAGAGUGCGAGAUUCCGACAUGCUCUUAUUUCCAUGCCGGUUGACGUGUUCACCUAGCCCUAGGCUGCCACUGUCAUCUGCAAUAGGUAUAGAUGCUUGGAAUCCUCAUGCCGACCUACAGCAUACUGGACCAAAGUUGCCAAAGUUGGCUUUGUUCUACCUGACGCAAGAGCUGGGCCAUGCCUUUCGGAAAGGCUUGAGUCCAAAUUUUUGGAUUCUUGACAAAAAGCUCAGCUCAACAUGGCAUUAUGCGGUCGAAUUGCUCAAUGACAAGACACAAAAGAUGUCAUCAAAUUUUGAGUGAGAGAGGUCUUCGGUUGCUACUGUCAUCUGCAAUAUUCCAUGUUUUAAAGAAAACAGUAAGGUUUGACCUUUAUUGUUUAAUUAAGAGGGGUCUGGCCUUGUAUUGAACAAGGUUAAUUAUUCAUGUUAUCAU